AUGGACUUUGACCGUUUCUCAUCAGACGACCCUAUCGGUGAAGUUUUACUGCCAAUGAAGAGCGUGAAAUUUGAGAAUAGCCCGGUCUAUUGGAAACAUCUACAACGCCCUACAGUAUCCAGAGAAUUAUGCGGUGAAUUGAUGUUGUCGAUGUGCUAUCUCCCAGAAGUAAAUAAAAUAACUGUUAGUGUGAUAAAAGCAAGAGAUCUCAAAGCAAAAGACAAAAUGGGAAGUUCGGAUCCUUACGUGAAACUAUGGUUGGUACAACAGGGAAAUAAACUCGAGAAACGAAAAACUUCCGUGAAACCUCAAACAUUAGCGCCCCUCUUCAACGAAUCAUUUGCUUUCACCGUCCCCUCCAAGGAUGUUCUUGAAAAGGACGUCAACCUUGUCGUUACGGUAAUGGAUUACGAUUUAUUAUCCAGUAACGAUGAAAUCGGUCAUGCCAUCAUUGGCCCAUUGGGAGGCGAAACCGGUGCUCGUCAAUGGAGAGAAGUGAUCGAUCAUCCUGAAACCCCUGUUGCUCUAUGGCAUCGACUGUCUCCGCGAUGGUGA